GAGCUGACCUAUCUACUCUGGAAUCACUCGAUAUUGACCGCUUGUCUAAAGAAAUCACUGGCCGAUUUGGAAGCCACUGCUCAGAUAAAUGACGCUUUGUAGGAUCAUGCCGUGUAAAGGUGAUAUUGUCGUCACGAUCCACCAAAAAAAGAAAAAAGAAAAAAUGCUAUGGAUAGGCAUAGUCAACAUCACGCACGAAAUAUCGAUCAGAAUUAUGUUGGCCAUUCUUAUAAUGGCAGUAGAUGGUUCAUCUCCAGAUUUCAAUUUGAGUUCCAAACACUUGAACUAUCUCGUUGUUCAUAUUCCACCUUUUGACUAUGUAUUCCGAGGACCCAAUGGUACCUUCUCAAGUUAUGGGUGCGCACAGAAUGUCGCCAUAUGGCUGGCGGCUAAACUCAAAUACACGUACUCGUUCCUUCUGAUCAAUGAAACUCUUAUCGACAAGUAUGGUACACAUGAAGCUGCGUUUUACCAACUUAUAAACGAUAAGGAUAUUGACGGCAUUGCGACAAAUUUUUACCUCACCCUUAAUCGAAUGCAACGAAUGGACUACACUACCCAUUACGGAUGGGCUGACGGAUUUCGGCUUGUUGUGCCAAGAUUAGGAGAAGAAAGCCGAUUAUUUGCUUUCAUUGGUCCUUUUGAACCCACGGUUUGGUUACUGGUCUUCAUAACCGUUUUCGUCGUAGUCAUCGUGAUGACCCUCUUUGCCAUGAUUUACAGGCUUCAACCUUGGAAAGCGUCUGAGGUCGCUGAGAAUAGCACCGGAACAGAAAUUGGCACAGGGCACAAUAUGAGAGAACCAGUCAAGAGAAACGUUCUUUUUAAUUAUUUAGGAGAGCAUACUAUUUAUGUUGUAAACAUAAUGACCAACCAAGGAAGCCGUGAAGGGUCCAGUCUCUAUUCCUUUCGAAUCCUGGCUGGAUUUUGGGUCUUGGGCGCCAUGGUCCUUGUUAAUUCCUACACGGGCAUUGUCAUUUCAUCAUUAAUGACUACCAAAACAAAGCCGUCAAUAGACUCUUUUGAAGACUUGGCCGCAAGUACAGAAACUGAAAUACUUCUCCGACAUGACACAUCCAUCGGAGAACAAAUACUUCUAGCAACAUCAGGUGUGUUUAAGACUCUUGGAGACCAAGCUCGUCGAAAUCCUGGAAACAUAGUUGGAGAUGCUUUCAAAGUCACGGAAAAACUAGAGACCGGUCAUUAUGCUUUUCCGUUUAUUCAAACUUUUGCAGUUUCGUUCGUCUCCUCACAGUUUAAGAAAAGUCAGCAGUGUCGCUUUAAAAUGUCCAAGCAAUUGCCUUUGUCAACAGGGUAUUAUUCAUGGCUUUUCAAAAAGAACAGUUCGUAUACCAAUCCUCAUAGCAGAGCGCUUGCUGACUUAUGGGAGACGGGUCUGCCAAGUUUUUGGGUUUACAAGAUGUUUUCUCCAACCGUUCCCAGAUCAGAACAGUGUUUUGUGGAAUCCACACGCCGAGUGUCUGGCAGAGUUCCUAUUCAGUUAUCUGAUUUGACUAGUGCUUUUCUUAUCUUGGGCAUCGGGACCGGUUUAUCGGUUCUCUGUUUCUUAACAGAGCUGUUGUAUUCAAGAUUUCUGUUGUGUAAGUUCCCGUAAGGUUAAAGCAACAAAAUUACUUACAGAUUAUCGUAAAGGAGAAUACUGGUUAGUAGUAAGUGGACCAUGCAGCAAUAGUAAAAGACCAUGCAGUACUGGAUCCGAAUAGAUUGCGCCUUCUGCGUAAAGGUAGUGUAUAAGCAUCUUGAAAUA